CCUACAACAGGCUGUGAAGGCACAUUAGACUUGUGGGACGUCAAGGCUCCCACAUCUUCUAGAUUCUAGAUGUUUGAGCCUUGAUAGUUAAAAUUAGCUUAUAUGUUUCAGCCUAUUGUGGCCAGUAUCAGGUGCAUAGGGUCUUAAAAUCAUCCUUCUGUCUACUAUAUCUCCGUACACUGGCCAGUGUUUACACAUUUGGAGUGCUUUUACAGGUAUGUUGUUCAUGUAAUGCCCUUAUGUUAUGAAAUGUAUUUUCUUUUUUGUUCUGUCCCUUAUACUUUCUGUUGCCAGAUUUAGUGUUCACCAAUAUGAGUUCAUGUUUAGCGUGAGAUUCUUGUUAUGAUUUUAACGCCGAUGCCUUGGUUAUCUGUUGGCCUAUGCAUACCCCUUUCCUACAACAGACGCAUAUCGUACUUGGAAGCCCUUUCGUUUGACGUGUUUGUCGCUGGUCGCCUUCUAUUAUGGCCGAUAAACGUCGAAACAUGUAAAGGUUUCAUUCGUGUUAAAAUGGUUGUUACACUUGAUGGAACUUUCUCUAUAAUUGUAGUCUUUAGUCGUUGCCUCUUUAAAGUUAGUAAUCCGUGGAUGUAGGUAAUACACGGAGUUCAUGCACGUUCAUGCAUGUCUGCCUGAUGUGUGGAUACGAAGAGAAGAUGGGAAGUGGAGAUUGUGUAUGAAGAUGGGUAGUUAUUUUUCUCCAGAAUAACGAGAAAUUCCAAAUAAUUGUUACAUUACCCUCAUUUUAUACGAUUUCGACCGGUCUAAUGCAUUACAAAUAUUAGAAAGAAUUCAUGAGUACCAGCAGAUUCCAGCCUUUCUUUUUUACUUACACUUAACCUGAUAGAAUGAUUACAUUAACGAGAAAGCUGAAAAAUGAAAACGACGCUCCCAGUGGGUCGUCAACUAUAGAACCGGGAAAGCGGGUGUCAAUACGGGACAGGCUAUUGGUGAAGGAAGUUCAGGAAAUGGAGCAAACAUUACCAGGUACUUGUAGAGUCAGAUUUGAAGACCCACAUCUGCUACACGAUUUUUAUUUAACUAUUACCCCUGAUGAAGGGUUCUGGGCAGGAGGGAGAUUCCGGUUUCAUAUAUAUGUUACAGAAGAGUACAAUAUGGCACCACCAUCAGUGAAGUGCCUGACAAAGCUAUGGCAUCCCAACAUCAGUGAACAUGGCGAUAUCUGCUUGAGUUUGUUACGUCAGAACUCUAUUGAUGGAAUGGGAUGGGCACCAACCAGGAAGCUCAAAGACAUAAUCUGGGGUCUCAACUCCCUCUUCACUCCACACUCCAGUGCUUCCUGGAAGAGCCUGAUGUGAUGAAUCACACAUAAUGGUGUAGUGGUCAGCCCUCCGCUUCAUAUUUGUGAUGUUUGAAUCUUGAUUGGAUCACUAAUUUUUUUUUGUAAUUGUCCUCAGUCCCAGCACAUUUGCUGGGUCACUACUUAAAAUUGUUCAUGGCCACUUUGUUAAAACCAGAAAUAGUUACGUACAGUGAUCUAGAUAGAGUGUCUACUCAGAUCAGUGUUCAUAAUUUAGGAAGGUGACACAACAUCAUAAGGUGAAAAAGAAACAAUGUGAUAGAUGCUUGUAAAUUAUAUGAAUAUUCAUUUAAUUUGCAUUUGGUUAAGAAAAGAUUACAGCAGUUUCCUCUAGGAAUCUGGAACCGCAUGGAGACUCUAUGUUCCACCACAUGCAUUUCUCUUAGAGGAUCAAAGCUUGUAAAUAAUGAACAAAAUGUCACAUUAAGGGAGGUGCAGUUAACCCUUUCCAGUCAUUGCGUUUAGAAAAAUUUCUGCAGCCAGGUCAUCAGUAGUUUUUAAAUGCCUGCCGAACCACUCAGUGAACUGUUUUGCCCAAAAAGUUGGUGCAAAAAGGGCAUAAAUUUAAGAAGCCAAAUGUGUACUUACAUUUUCGAUUGUCCAAUUCUUGGGCCAACUCAACACUGCUGUAGCAUCUGACAAUGAAAUGGUGAUAGUAUGGUGAUAGUCUUCAGUACCAGACACAAUGAGUCAUAGUCUGUCCAUCAAGGAAAAAACUAUUCUUGAAUCUUAAUAGUUUGCAUCCUGUUGUGUGUCUCACAUAAGAUAUAAAGCAUACAAGAAUAUACCAUCUACACAACAACACUCUGUAUUUUAAAACAAAGAAGACUCUACUGUAUCGACAUUUGUUUUAUUAAAGCUUUUAUGGAUGCGACACAUUUCGGCACCUAUAUCAGGCCAUCAUCAGGUGUACAGUGUUCGGCUUUAAGCUGCUGAACUGCAUCCAAUUAUCAUUCUAUUCUUGAAAUGAACAGUUUUUCAGAAUAUGGUAAGUUACAUAGUUUGCCUGUAAAUAUUCCAUAAUUUGGAAUUAUGCUCUAAAUGUAACAGGUUUCACAUUCAGCUAAUACAAAUAAUCUGAUGACCCACUUCAUUGUUUUUUUUAUUAUUUAUUAUAAGUUUUGAAAAUUAUUUUGUGCUUUAACCUAACUGUUGAUUCAUCUAUUACAAUGUUUCUUCCAGGCACAACAUUUUUUCUGAAAUUGUUUCUCUAUAUGUUUAUCACCCCAUGUAGUUUCUUGUGUUUCUGAUGGCCUGAUUACUUUAUUCAGUGGCAUCAUUGCCCAUUGUCAUGUCUUCCCACCCACCAACACACAGUAACACUUGUUUGCUGUUACUCUCACUUCCCCACAUUUUGUUGCUUGAGUCUUCAGUCACAGUUUCUCCUUCAAUUUUCAAAUUAAUCUCAUCAUCAUUGUCAAUAUCGGGUUCUUCACUUAACAUAUCACUACUAGAUUCUUCACCUGCAGCACACAAGGGAUUAUAUCUAGUUUCUUCAAUCCAGAGUGCUGUGGUUCAGCUGAACGUAAAAGCAUGCUACUAACACAUGACAUGCCAUAAUAUAUAAAUGGCAUUGGUUCAUCCAGAAGUUCAAAUUUUGACUUCCAGAUGGCAGAAGGUGGCAGACAAAACAUUCAUGCACAUGUUGGUAUAGUCUACAGUGCAAACUAGUGACAUGUGAUUGAAAUAUGACCGCAGAAGCAUGAAACAAACUUUGUUUAUAGUAUAUCAACAUUUUUCCAUGGAAGCACGGUCACCAUGUUGAUUAUAUAUUGACGUUUGACUGGAAAGGGUUAAUUUAAUUGUGCUUUAUAAAGUACAUUACUUAUGUUUGUCCCUAGGUUUUUGUAGCUUGUGUCUAAUGUGUAACUUCAGCAUUCAGGGUUUAGCUGCAUGAUAUGUUAGCUGUUCCAUUUUAUUCUACAUUGUGGUUACCAUCUUCAGGGUGAAUGGAGAUAGGAGAAGGAAGUGGGCCCAAGAUCUUGCAGUGGAAGUUGAGGUAGGGGUGUAAAGCAUGAUGCUCAGUAAAGGGAAAGGAUUUAUGGUUAGGAAAAGGUGUCAAGGAAGAUGUGAAAGCAGACUUCACUCACUUUAUAUCCAUCUUCACAGUUAAGUUGUGAGGGGAGUUUGACUGUUUUGGUGGCUUCCCUGAUAUUGCAUGGGAGGUUAAGUGUGUAUGAUUGCUAGGGCUUCACUUACAUCAAAGCUGAUGCUGUGUUUGGUGUCAGUGAAGUGUUCAGCUGAUCACUGUUUUUCUGGUCUGAUGUUUGUAACAUGUUCUUAUAUUCUAGGGGAGUUGUAAUGGCUGGUUUGACCAGUAUACAUUUUGUGUCCAGUCCCCUCCCUUUUGAAGCACCAUGCUACACACCCCCACUCGCUUACUGUGCAUUAGUACACUUCUUCCUUCAUUCACUGUGAAGACAGCAACUGAAACAGCCUCAGUGUAUGCUGCAGCUAAACCCAUAAACUGGUGUCCCACCUUACAUUACUUAUAUUAGCACUAAAUAAGAAAUAAUGGGAAAUGAAUAAGUUCCAAAGGGUAUGGAAGUAUACAUUUAUGACCAUCUUAAGGUACUACAACAAUAGUGUGCAACUGGGGAAAACCAUGAACCCUGAGUCAUUGGGUGUCUGGGCUGAGAUAUGAACCAUGUUCAUACCUGCAUAUGAUGAAGUUGUGUUAGCCAGUUCACUGUAACACUUGACGCUUCUUCCAUUGUUAGACAGUAAAUUGUGAAUCAAAUUUAUAUCAGGCUGUCCCCUGGAAUAUAAUAUUAACGUCAUAGUGGACAUUUUAUUUAAUAAACCUAUGCCCACAAACAUGUUCAGACAAUAUUGUUUCCCAAGAAUGUGUUUAUAAAUUACAAGGAAUACUUUCUUAUUAAGAUUAAAGGCUUUAUUGGUGUAUUUGUAUUUCAUAAUUAAUGGGUUUCCUGU